UCGCGCGCGACGACGGGCGCGUCCUCUUCCUCCUCUUCCUCCUCCGCCUCCGCGGCCUCGUCGCGAAGUGCUGCACGCGCACCCCGAGAUCGUCGCGACGCGACGUCGCCUCCACCGCGGAUGAACAGCGGGGACGUCGACGAGAUCUCGGGGGACGGAUCGACUUCCCCAGAUCUCGCCGCGGGCUCGCGCUUGGAACGAUUCGCCGCGGACGCGCGCGAUGUCUUCGACGAGGACGUGCUCAGGCGGCUCAGCGUCGGCGACCGCGCGAUGCUCGCGCUGGUGAGCCGGAGUAUGCGCGACGUCGUCUUCACGUCGUCCGUCGGCGACGUGAAGGACGUCGCGGCGGUGAGGAGGGAGCUCGGGAGGAUGCCGAACUUCGUCGGGUCGGUCGGCAGGUUGGCGUGGGCGAAGGAGCUAGGGUGUCCGUGGAACGAGAAUACUUGCGCCAAAGCCGCGGAAGGCGGCCACCUGGAGGUGCUGCAGUGGGCGCGCGCGAACGGUUGCCCGUGGGACGAGGAUACUUGCCGCGCAGCCGCGGAAUUCGGUCACCUCGAGGUGCUGCAGUGGGCGCGCGCGAACGGUUGCCCGUGGGACGAGGAUACUUGCCGCUAUGCCGCGAAACACGGUCACCUGCACGUGCUGCAGUGGGCGGUCGCGAACGGCGCUCCGUGGGACGAGUACACUUGCUCCUAUGCCGCGGGAGGCGGUCACCUCGAGGUGUUGCAGUGGGCGGUCGCGAACGGCGCUCCGUGGAACGAGUAUACUUGCCGCUAUGCCGCGAAACACGGUCACCUGCACGUGCUGCAGUGGGCGGUCGCGAACGGCGCUCCGUGGGACGAGUACACUUGCUCCUAUGCCGCGGGAGGCGGUCACCUCGAGGUGUUGCAGUGGGCGCACGCGAACGGCGCUCCGUGGAACACGGUGUAUAUCGAUUGGGCCGCGCGAGGCGGCCACCUGGAGGUGGUGCAGUGGGCGCGCGCGAACGGCGCUCCGUGGGGCGAGUGGACUUGCAACAGAGCAGCGGGAGGCGGCCACCUUGAGGUGCUUCAGUGGGCGCGCGCGAACGGCGCUCCGUGGGACGAGAGGACUUGCGCCUGGGCCGCGGAAGGCGGCCACCUGGAGGUGCUGCAGUGGGCGGAAGCGAACGGCUGCCCGUGGGACGCGGAUACUUGCUCUGGUGCCGCGAAAGGCGGCCACCUGGAGGUGCUGCAGUGGGCGCGAGCGAACGGCGCUCCGUGGGACGCGAGGACUUGUCACGAAGCAGCGCUUGGCGGCCACCUUCGGGUGCUGCAGUGGGCGCGCGCGAACGGCAUGCCGUGGGAAUCUAGUUGGGGCAUUUGAACGCGCGGCAAAGCGGCUUCUUUGAAUACUCUGUGGAACGACGUGACCUCACGAACGAAGAACGUGCGAACGAACGAACGCGAACGAGUAGAACGCACACAUACACGCGCACGUAGACGAUGUAACGAAGCGAACGCGCAAAUU